CCAUGUCCUACCCAGUGACCAGCCAGCCCCAGGGUGCCGGCAGCUGCUACCCGACCCCGCUCAGUGACUGGAACACCACUCUCAUGGACUGCUGCACUGACAUGCCCAUCUGUCUGUGCGGCACUUUCGUCCCUCUGUGCCUCGCCUGCCGCAUCUCCGACGACUUCGGCGAGUGCUGCGGCACUCCCUGCCUGCCCGGAAGCCUGAACUCCCUGCGCACUGGCAUGCGCGAGCGCUACCACAUCGAGGGCUCUAUCGCGAAAGACUGGGCGGCCCUCACCUUUUGUUUGCCCUGCGCCCUCUGUCAGAUGGCGCGGGAACUGAAGAUCCGAGAGUAA